GCAUUUCGCAACGCAAGAAGCAAGUGCAGUGUUGGUUUGACUGCUGCCCGGGUCGUACGUAGAUGUCACAUACGAGUUAUAUUGUGGUGUUUUGUUGACGGAUUCGCAAUCGACUUCGUGACAAAAGUGAUGUAUGUGUAAAGGGCUGAGUGAAGGGAUUUUUUGACAGUCAUUGACCUUGAAAAUAAAACAAAAUGGGUAACGAAGAGAAAAAAGGCAGCAUCGUGCUGGAGAACUUUAAUUCCACAGCAAAUUUAGCGACAAACCCAGGCUUCCAGUCGACAUUAAGUUUAGGAUCAAAAGAAGUCAUUAAUGAGAAGGCCUACAACCCAUUCGAGCAUAGAAAAGUGGAACACCCCAACUCAACUAUUGGUUCACUGGUGCAUCUACUGAAAUCUUCUUUAGGAUCUGGUAUCCUUGCAAUGCCUGCUGCCUUCAAAAACGCUGGUUUAGCAGCCGGAGCAAUUGGGACACUAGUCGUUGGAUUUAUCUGUACACACUGUGUUUAUGUUUUGGUUAAAACUUCCCAAGAAGUAUGUGUGGACGCUAAGAAGCCUUCAAUGGGAUUUGCAGAAACUUGCGGAGCGGCUUUCGAGUAUGGACCUAAAAGAUUACGGCCAUGGGCCAAUUUUGCAAGGACGUUUGUCGACUAUGCAAUGACGUGUACAUAUCUAGCUGCGUUAUGCGUAUACAUUGUGUUCAUAGCAGAAAACUUCAAAGAGGUCCUUGACGAAUACAUGCCAGAAUACAAGCUAUCAGUGGAAGCAUACUGUGCUCUGACACUGGUGCCAUUGGUACUGAUCUGUCAGAUCAGGAAUUUGAAAUGGCUUGUACCAUUCUCGGCGAUAGCCAACGUGUUUCUGGUGAUUUGUUUCGCCAUCACCAUGUAUUACAUCUUCAGUGACCUGCCGAAGCCUGAGGGAAGGGUGGUGGUUGCUAGCGUGACCCAAUGGCCUUUGUUUAUCAGCACAGUGAUAUUCGCAAUGGAAGGUAUCGGUGUGGUGAUGCCAGUUGAGAACGAGAUGGCGAAACCUCAACAAUUCCUCGGCUGUCCUGGAGUACUGAACGUGGCUAUGACCAUUGUUAUCUCUCUGUAUGGCAUCGUCGGAUUCUUUGGCUACAUGAAGUAUGGAGACGAUGUCAGAGGAAGUGUCACAUUGAAUCUGCCUCAGGAUGAAGUUCUCGCUCAAAGUGCAAAGAUCUUGAUGGCCUUAGCGAUUUUGUUCACCUACAGUCUACAGUUCUACGUGCCCAUGGAAAUGAUCUGGAGACAGUUACACGAGAAAAUCUCAGUGAGAUACCAUAACAUCACACAAAUCUCUAUCAGGACCACAGCUGUUGUUGGCUCAGUUGCCCUCGCAGCGGCUUUCCCUGACUUAGAACUUUUUAUCAACUUAAGUGGCGCCAUUUUCCUCUCAACCCUUGGACUCCUCACACCAGCAAUCAUCGACACUGUCCACAAAUGGGACAGAGGUCUUGGACCCUUCAAAUGGAUUCUCUGGAAGAACUUGUUCAUUGCCAUGAUCUCUCUCAUCGCUCUCUUUGCUGGAUCUUACACUUCUAUCAGAAGUAUGGUUGACAAGUUCUAUAGCACUUCUCCUUUGGAAGUAGUUGCUAAUGUAACAAGCAUUACAAUGAAUGAUACGAUGACUGUGUGAUUUAUUAGAAUAAAGUUAAAUUCAGGGUACAUUGGCAUAGUAGUACUCAUAAAUGGAAUUUGAAAAGCCUUUAGAAAAAGUAUAGACAUUUUUGAUUAUACUAUCUUAAAUGCUUUGACAUUCGUUGAACUCAAUUGACUCACUUCUAUAAACUUUCUGUCUUGGCUGUCAUUGGCGAAUUAAUGUUCCUUGAAAUCAAUGCUAAAGGUAUCUAGAUUUUUUAUCAUCUUUCGUAUAAAUGGAAACUCCGUCCAUUUUCUUUUUACUCGCAGAGGUUAACAUUCCAAUUUUUACCUACUUAUUAAGAUUUUUUAGAGCUAAGGUAGUCUCAUGGACUGUAAACUCGCUGAUUAGGUUGUGAAUUUUAAUUACGAAAUUACCUAAGGUAUCGAUUCUUGUUUGAAUA